CAGGUGAAACACAGGCCUGGUCCUUUCAAACAAACAAAUAAAAGUCACAAACAUGGAAAGCAUCGUAGUAAAGGAAAGCUGGACGAAAUCAAUAGCGGAAGGGUCGGAGCUAAAUCAAUAUCACGUCGACUACAUCAUGCUUUGAGUAAACAACAACGCCAAAAUAGGCUUAGUCAAAUUCGUAAGCAUAAACGUCAAGAAGUUUUAACAAAGAAAAGAGGUAUUGGAAACCUUGGCUCCGUUCCUCAUAUCAUAGCUGUUAUCCCACUAAGCUUGCAUGCAGUUGACAGCAAUAAAAUUGUAAAUGAUAUAACUUCGUGUGACGAGACGGCCAAUAUCAUUAAGGGAUAUUCCGGUACUACACUAGUGUCGAAUUCGUAUAAAGCAACUUUUACAAUAUUGCAACCACCAUUAAAAGAUCUAUAUGCUUGUUUAGACGCUGCAAAGAUCGCAGAUACGAUAUUAUUUGUUCUUUCCGCAAGUAACGAGAUUAUCGAUUCGUAUGGACAUCAUUGCCUUUCAUGUCUAUUUGCACAAGGAUUGCCGACUUCUAUUGUUACGGCGCAAGGAAUAAUCAACCAUAGUGGCAAAAAACAGCAUGAAAUUAAAAGAAAUAUCCAAAAAAUUGUCUUACAAAAAUUUUCCAAGGAAAAAUGGUUUCAUUUGGACACUCAACAGGAUGCGCAAAGGAUUCUUCGCAUUGCUGCUACCACUAAAUUGCAAAAGAUAACAUACCGUGAAAUUCGGCCGUAUUUGCUUGCUGAAACAGUUGAAUUUAAUGAAUGCGACAGUAGCGACAAUGGUGUUUUACAAGUAACAGGAUAUCUACGUGGACAUUCAUUAUCAGCCAACAAUCUCGUAUACAUACCUGGAAGUGGCGAAUAUCAAUUACUAAAGAUUACUGCCCCACCAAAUCCAUCGCUAAACUCAAACAGCAGACGAUCCUCAACUGAUCAGGUAAUUGAAAGUAUGGAAGAAGAUAUGCGAGUAUUAGAUGAAGCUGAUCCUGCAAUGCAAGAAACCCUUAUAGCUGAAGCUGACAUAGAUACCUUAAAUGAUGAGCAGACAUGGCCAACUGAAGAAGAAUUGCAACAAGCAGAUGAACGGAAACAGAAAAUGAAACGUAAUAGAAAAUUUGCAGUUCCUGCGGGUACAUCAAGUUAUCAAGCUUGUUGGAUCGAUGAUGAUGCGGACGACGAUGAAAAUAAUUUCAGCAACGAUGAUAUUCCUGAUGCCGUUGAAUACGACCACGACGAGCCUGCUUCGCCAGUAAGUUAUCAUGCAUAUAGCAGCCAUGAAGGCGAAUCUAAAACGGUUACAUUUUCAACAGUCAUGGAUGGAGAUGCUAUCAAUUAUGAUCAAGAAAUGGACUGGGAAAGAGAAAGAACCGAGUUAGAAAAGAUGCGAGCAGAAAAGGAAGACCGUACUUUUCCAGAUGAGAUUGAUACGCCACUUAAUAUUCCAGCUAGAGAAGCAUUUAUUGACUAUCGGGGCUUACGGAGCUUUAGAACUUCUCCCUGGGAUCCCAAGGAAGACUUGCCUAGGGAUUACUCCAGAAUAUUUCAAUUUCAGAAUUUCAAGCAUACAAGGAAGGUUAUCUUGUCAUCCAAUGAAGAAUCUAAUGUCCAGAUAGGGUGGUACGUGACACUUCAUAUUAAGAAUGUUCCGAGAGAUAUUGCAGAUAAUCUUCAAACUCAUAGGCCAUUAGUAAUAUUUGGUCUGUUACAACAUGAACAAAAGGCAAGUUUAGACGAAAAGUCGGCACAUUUACUAAACAUCUCUUUUAAAGUUAUACUUAUUGUCGAUAGAAUGAUGUUUCAAGUAGGAUUUCGGCGCUUUUCGGCAAGUCCAAUGUUUUCUCAACAUUCAACAGGAAAUAAGCACAAAUUGGAAAGAUUUUUCCGUACUAAUGAAGCAAUAGUUGCGACUAUGUACUGCCCGAUUAUGUUUCCUCCUGCUCCUGUUAUUGUAUUUAGAGAAAAUGAAGACGGAGGAUUCUCUUUAGUUGCUACUGGAUCAUUAUUAAACGUUAAUCCUGAUAGAACUGUUGUUGAGAAGAUCGUUCUAAGCGGUCACCCCUAUAAAAUUCAUAAAAGGAUUGCUGUUAUCCGAUAUAUGUUCUUUAACAGAGAGGAUAUUGCGUGGUUCAAACCCGUUGAGUUAUAUAGCAAGUUCGGUCGUCGUGGUCAUAUUAAAGAAGCUUUAGGAACUCACGGGCAUAUGAAGUGUAUCUUUGAUAAGCAAUUAAAAGCACACGAUACAAUAUGCAUGAAUCUUUAUAAGCGUAAUUUUCCAAUUUGGGAUUAUAAUCCUAUCGUA